ACGAGAAACUAUCAAGUAAAUUUAUGUAAUAUCAUUUCACGGUAAUAAUAAUUUAACACAUAAAAAUGCAACGCAUUUCUUCUGCGUUUAUUUACGCAUCGUUUGAAGAUGUGCGCGCGCACAGUACAUUUGCGCAAGUUUGCCAAAUUGAGGGAAAAAUCCAGGCUUGCGCAGUGAAUAAAAUUUUGUUGCUUGAAGUGGGAACACUGGAUCGGUGGAGUCGCUCUGAAGUGUAGUAGUUGAACAAUGCUACGUUUGAAUGGUUGUACGAGUCGCGGUUGAGAGAGAACAAGAGAAACGCGAUUGUUCGACAUUUCGUUAUGAAGUUCGCGAAGUGCCCGUGGUCUUUUUAAUGCGCGUGUGAUCAGCGUCGCGUUCAGUUCGUAUUCGCUCGUGUCUCGCGUUGUGUUCCGAGUCCAGUAAGAGCGUCCGUAAACGAUAGGAUGGCCGUGGAACCUCGUGUGACCGGGAACGCUAAGCCUUUGGUGCCCCUGUUUACGAAAGCAUCUGACUGCGUGAAUACUAGCUGCUACUGCGAGGAAAACGUAUGGAAGCUGUGUCAAGAUGUAUCGACUAGGCAUCCUUCCGAAUUGCAACAUUGUCAUGUUGUUUUCGUAAGCAAUCCACGGCGGAGCGUUCCGCUUUGGCGUCAGCGGGCGGGAAAGGACGAGGACAAAUUGGUCGUGUGGGAUUACCAUGCUAUUCUUAUCUAUGCGCCCGACGAAAGGGCGGUUGUGUACGAUUUAGAGAGUUCUCUACCGUUUCCCACACAUUUCUGGAAAUACGCGACCGAAACCUUCAGAUCUGAUGAAGCGUUGCGGCCUGAAUAUCAUAGAAGGUUCCGUCUAGUUCCAGCCAGUGUAUAUUUGCAACAAUUUGCAUCAAGUCGGCAUCACAUGAAGCGCAAGGAUGGUACAUGGAUUAAGACGCCGCCAGAUUAUCCUCCGAUCGCGACACCAACAUGCAAGGAUAAUCUCGAUUCGUUCAUCAACAUGGAGCCAGGAACCGGAUUAGGCGUCGUAAUGAGUUUGAAACAAUUAGUCAACCGAUUUUAUAGGCCAAAUGUCAACACACAGGCGCCAACGCCGCCUCAACCGCAAGCCACAGCGACUUAAAUUAUGAAUCGCAAUGUGAUGUUCGUACGCUUUGAUUACAGAUCUUGGAAAUCAAUUGUAUGGCCUAAGGGAAUUGGUUUGGUGUACCUUUGUGGGCUAAAAUAUUUGAUCGAAAUUUGAUAAUAAUAUUCCGUAAUUGCUGCUAGCUUUGGCAGAACUUCAAAUAUUAUAAUCGUUACAGUUGUAUUUCUAUUGGAGCGAAUUCUGCUCAAAGAGUUGGAACCGAGAGGGCUUUAGCUAAAUUAUAUUUUUAUGGCGUUGUAAUAUUUUUGUUAAAGUUGUAUCACAUCCUGAGUGUAUAUUUUAGAUUUCAGAUAAUUUAGUCUCUUUUUAUUAAUUAUCUUUUUUUUUUACUAUUCCGACACAUUGUGUGUAUAAACUCUUGGAUAGCGUGAAACCAAUGAGAACAUAAGAAUGUCAAUGCAAAUAUGUAUUAGUUAUGUAUAGUAUAUCAUCGAAAUCCCGGUUCCAAAAAUUUUAAAUCUCAUAUUUUACUCGCAAUCAAAACCUACGUAUAUAUCAUUAACAGAAACACGCACUUUUUGCAACAUAAUACAGGAUUGACGUCUUAUUCUCCAAUCGAGUGAUUUGGCUUGCCGCGCAUGAAGAACGAUUCUGCUGAGCUGCUUUCUAAAUACUCUCGAUAAGUGCUUACGCACCGUAUUAAUGGACUCCAUCGAAAAUCCAUUUUCUCUCUUCUUCUAAAAUCUCCUUCACAGGAUUUAUCCGGAGAUAUAUGCUCCUCCGGCAACGUAGCACGUUACAUUCGACCACGUUCUGAACUCAGAGUCGUGUUUUAUAUAAGUACUUUCGUCUCCAUACCAUAAAGCGAUCUUUCUCACAGCUUUACUCUGUCAAUGGUGUUAUUAUAAUUAUUGUGUCAAAGACUGAUGUAUUUACAGAGAGUUAUCCGACUUGAUAGAGAUCCCUUUGUCUAUUGGCGCGUGUUCGAAGCGCGGGACGUGAUUAAAGCGCUUAUAAUUACUGUGCAAUCGAUGUAGUAAGGUCAAGAACUUAAUCUUUGCGACGUAAUAUAAUUAUUACGAUUAUUGUAAUUCUUGUGAUACUUUACACUUUCUACUUUGAAUACCUAUGCUAUACUUAUCUACUGUUUGUACUAAAAGCCGAUUCUUAAGAGAUAUAUAUUCGCUUGUUGAGCGGCUUCCCUAACAUAAGUGGCGUUGACUUGAACGAAUACGCGACGUCGUCACGUGACCAAUUAUUAACAUCGAAGAACCUGUUGACUCAACGAACAUGUGUUGCUUUAAUAAUAAUAGGAACAAGUUUUACAACGAAAAUUUUAAAUUUUCCAUCUUUUCGGCGAGUAAUAGCGUUU